UGCUAGCCUGGAAGCGAGCAUAGUUAGCUAGCGUUGAUUUUGGAUGUAGAUAAACUUUGCUGUACACUGACUACAUUUAGUGUACUGCAUUUUGGUGAAGAUGAGUCGCACUCCUGAUGCAAGAGCGAGGGACAACCAGACAAGAAAGAUCCAGGAAAACAUCACCAAUGUGGAGAAGCAUUUUGGAGAGAUGUGCCAACUGUUUGCUGCCUAUGUCCGUAAAACAGCCAGACUACGAGACAAGGCAGACCUCCUGGUCCGUGAAAUCGGCUUGUAUGCAGACACAGAAACACCAAACCUGAAGAGGGGUAUGAAGCAGUAUGCUGACCACCUGGCUAAGAUUCAAGACUACCGCCAAGCUGAGGUGGAAAGACUUGAAGCCAAAGUCAUAGAGCCAUUAAAAAGCUAUGGAGCUGUAGUGAAACGUAAAAGGGAGGAUCUGAAGACAACUCAAAGUGCUAGAGACAGAGAAGCCAAACAGAUGGCUCAGCUUGAGAGGACCAGACAAAGAAACCCCUCAGACAGGCAGAUCAUUUCUCAGGCUGAAAGUGAGCUCCAGAGAGCCACCAUGGAUGCCACACGGACCACCAGGCAGCUGGAGGAGACCAUAGACGAGUUUGAGAAGCAGAAGAUCCGUGACAUCAAGAAAAUAUUUGGUGAGUUUUUGACAGUGGAGAUGUCAUUCCAUGCUAAGGCCUUGGAGGUAUACACCUUGGCCUACCAGAGCAUUCAUAGUGUGGAUGAGGAGGAGGACCUGGAGGUGUUCAGGAGUUCGCUGCACCCCCCUGACUACCAGUCACGAUUAGACAUAGUGCGAGCUAAUUCCAAAACCUCGCUCGAUCGGACCGGGUCUUUCCUGAGUACAUCAGGGACCUUGCAGCAACAAAGAGCUUGUAGUCGGCAGACAAGAGAAGAGGAGGAGGACGAGGACGAAGAGGAAUUUGAAGAGGAGGAGGAGGAGGAUGAUGAAGACGAAGAUGAGGACACAGAUGAUGAAAAUUAAAUUCUCUUAAAUUGUGUAAUUUUGUGUUUGUCUGUAUGGAACAAAGAGGAUGUCGAAAAUAAUGUAUUAACUGUUUUAUACUGUUGUAAAAGAAAAGCUGUGUCAUUGCCAAACUCAUCUCCCUCACAGGUGGUCUGAGCAGUAUUGUAGUUGCGAUGUACUGUAGUCAUGUGAUGCUUUGCAAGAGAGCAUGCUGUUCUUUACUACCGUUUGUCUUUGAAAUUCUAACCAACUUCUGUCUUUUCUAUAUUUUUAUAUCAUGCACAAUGCCAAAAUGUGCAUUAUAUGUU